AAAAAAAAGGAAAAGAAAAGCAAUAAGAAGAAACAACGGUCUAACCCUCCCAUGCAUUAUCGAAUCUCCACUCGCCACUAUCACUGAGCUCGCACUCGAGAAAGAAAGAGAGAGAGACAAGAGGUAUUUCCGGUUUCCCGCCGCUUCCCGUCAACGUUACUUUACGACUCUUGCCUUUCACCCUGCGACUCUCAUACACGCUGGUUUUAUUCCCGACCUUUCAUCUUAAUCUAGCUUCGACCCCAUCCAAGUUUCCGAUCCUUUCGUGCGACCGAGCAAAAGGCCUUCUCCACCCCCCUCCGAGGGGCUUGUUUGGAGCCGUUAAUAACUCUUGCAUAUCACUCCUUCCCUGACACCUUGAUGGCUCCUUAAGACACAUCUUGCUAGCUCUCUCGUCCUAUAACAUCUCCGAGGUGCCUUAGCUGCCCCUUUAUAUAUGCUGCCAAUCAAGACCAAAUCGUACUCUGGCCUACCCCAUCUUGUACCAUGAUCUCAGCACUUUGUCGCCAUUCCUAGAUAGCGGGCCUUCCCUCGACGCCUUUCGCGCCUUUCCAUUGGAGACGAAACAUCCUAUUUCAACCAAUUGUUCCACCUUUUCUUCUUCAGUUCCAGCCCUUGCAGCGGCCACCUCUUUCACAGUUUGCCCUUAUGUACCUGAUUGAGCUGCUAGGAUGACGGCCAUACUUCCCGCCUCGAAUGAGGGGCGCUCACGCUUCUCUCCGGACCCUUUGCGAAGUCCAAUCACUCAAACCUACUUCCUCGAAGAGCCCAAUGUUGCUACGGCCAAGUUCAAUCUGCCCGCAUACCAUCGCAAGGAUCGUUCUGAUGCUGUGGUGUCCUCGCCGUCGCGGUCAGAGUCUCCAUCCCCAGAUUUCACUAUUACAGCAGUGGGGAAUCUCCCUCCCACGCCUGCAUCUCUGAGCAGUUUGUCUCUUAUGAGUGAGGACCAUGAUGACGACGAGUUGGUUCUACCUUCGUACGAUUCCAGUCAAUUCGCACAAAAGGAGCCCGAAGCCCUCAGUGAUGUGUCUGUGGACUCCUCGGCGGACUUUGCACGCUUGACACAGGCACCAGCUGCUGAUGAUAGUACGAUCGAGGACGAGCCAUCGAGGCAUGUGGAUUACCUUUCUCAUGAAUGGAGACAGGAGGAUAUUUGGGCGUCGUGGCGUUAUGUCGUCGCUCGGAGGAACGUUUACGAUAAUGGGACAAGGCUAGAGAAUGCCUCGUGGAGGACGUGGGCUAAGCUGAAACUCAAUCUGGGCACAGUAUCGCCAGAAGCCCUCAACUGGCUGAAGGACUGCGAUGUAACGUGGUUGUACGGACCCUUAAAGACAUCCAAUAAGCGGGAGAAGGCAUUCAAUGGCUCUCCUCCUCCCAGCCGUCUAGAGACACCUACCUUAUAUCCGGAUAGGAAACCGAUUCUGAAGAAGAGGACGGCUUCUGAGACUAUCUUGCAGCGUUCUCUGUCCCAGCAUACACUCUUGCAACAUGCGGGUGCCAUUCUAAAAGCACAGGAGGCUGAAAUCAACCGUAAUCGUCCCCCAUUACAGAGGGCCUCCUCGGAGUAUGGACAUCUACUUAGCAAAUCGUCCACCACUCCCGUGGGGGGUACCGUUAAGGGUACCGCCACAAAUACGUCAACGUCGGCCACUCCUAGCGAACGACGGCAUAUUCACUUCAACAACGAGGUGGUGCAAUGUAUCGCUGUCGAGGCGAAAGAGGAAGACGAUGGAUGGCCUGUUCAUUUUGGGGAUGAGUCAUCAGAGGAUGGUAUCGUUAUGAUGAAACACAUCCAUUCCGACUCGUCGCUCAGCGACAAAGGUACGCCUCGUGGUAGCCUUGCUGGCGAAAACAAAACCAUCGCCCCGCUUCCUUCCACCACACUCAAGUACCGAUGGGAUGCGUCAGAUCAUCCGGAUUUGCAAGAUUGUCGAGGGGAUGCCCGUGCAAACCGACAAUCCACAUCAGAAUCGCCAGCAUCCUCAAUAAUGGGUCGGUGGUCCAGCUACUUCUCAAACUCCACGUCUCCUACUUCAUCCGGAGCCGAGAAAUCGACGCGGACAAAUGGACGAUCUGGCAGGAACAUUGCACCAUCUGCCAAUUUUCUGCUUGAUGAAGAAGAGAAUGACAUGGAAUUUGACUGGGAACCAAGCCGCAACUCAUAUGGCCUAGGGAGUCUAAGCCGUCCUUGGUUUGUGAAUCCAGAAGAUGAUGAGGAGCUCGAUUACUACUUCCAUUCGAUGUCUCCGGGAGGAAUGACACCCAAUGAAGAAGAUGAUGAACCAUUGAGUGCAAGCAUCUUUGACCGUGUGGCGGACACCGUAAACACAGCCAAGGAUAUUGCACAUGUGAUAUGGAACGUCGGCUGGCGGCGGUGAUUCUCUCUCCUUGGAGCAUCUCUAAGGUCGCAGAGCGGGCUUUACGACUUAAUGCACUUAAUUUCCUAACCAACAAUUUCUCAUGCAUCUUUCUCAUACAAUAAACGACCAAGAAGACGGGUUGCGGCGUUCUGAGCUUUCACCAAUCAAUGUUGCUGGCUGCUGGUCGACGAUAAAAGGGGUUACAGGAGGGAUUGUUUAUUUCUUUUUCUACAUUUUCCAUGGGGCUGUAUGUGCCUGGAGGAAGCCGGAAUCUCCAGAAUAUGUUUUGGCGUAGUUCAUGUUCGGUUUUGGUUCUGCCUGGGGGCGUUCUUCGAUGGGCUUUCAUGACGGCUUUAAUUUCCUUGCAUCUUAUUUUCCUUUCACUCCCAGAUAUCACCACGCGAGGUAGCAUUGACUCCUUAUGACCCAAUGAGACAUAUGAUGAUCCAACACACAAGCAGGUGGAAUAUCUACUGAAGUAGUGUACAUUAUGUUACAACCCAG